UACACAGACGUGAAUUUGGUAUUUUCAGAAAAAUAAUAAACUGAUGCAGUUUAAUAAAACUUAUGAAACAUAUUCGUUUAAAUUAUUAUUCUAUUUGUUUUUAUUACAUGUUGUGCUGUGAGCCACCUCGCGUUUAGAAUUCUGUACUACGCACGUUUAUGUUUACGAUUACAUGUUAUGAGGUUGAUCGACGUCUUGAGAGAUUACUAAUAACACAUUAUAUUAUAACUAAUAACACACAAUAUUAGAUUUGAAGUUUAUUAAAGCAGAAAAUUGAAUCAAUGAAUAAAAUUAUUUAUCAAGCAUCUUGUCGCUGAAACGAAGUAGAUAUAAUCUAAACCAACAGUAAAGUAUCAGUAAAUAAGGAAAGCAAAGGUAUGGAAAAGUUGCGCAUACAAUUUUACAAUAGAUUAGUACGAAAAUGUACGGAUGUCCAUGAUUUGAGAAAUUUAUUAGAAGAUUGUAAAGUGUCUGGAUUAUUCAGAGAUGUAGAUGAUUUGAACUGGAUAUUAGUUACAGCCAUCAAAAGAAGAGACUUACAAAUUGUAAAAUUAUUAGUAAAAUACGGAGUAAAAAUCAAUGUUCUCGAAAAACCCGGAAAAACUGCAAUACAUAUUGCGGCAGAUACAGGAUUUGACAGGGCUGUCAAGUACUUGUUCAAAAACUACCAAGUUGAGGACGGUAAUCGUACCAAUAAACAGGGGUUCACGCUUUUUCACAUAGCCUGCUCCAUAGGCAAUGUUGAAAUGGUACAAAAAUUCUUAGAUUACGGUGUUGAUAUCGACCUUGAAUCAGAUGUACAAUACCAAGAAACACCUAUUAGCUGUGCUGUUUGGGAUGCCCACAUAGAUGUUGUUAAACUUCUUUUGGACAGAGGUGCAUACACGGGGUGCAGUACAAAUCAUUACAAAAACGGUUCAAUUUUGCAUUAUAUUUGUCAAUUCAUUAAGUAUUAUGUCGACCCUGAAAACCAUUACCACACAAUUUUGCUGGAAAUUACUAAACUAUUAAUACAGCACGGUUGCGACAUCAAUGCUAAGGAUAAACAUGGCAAUAAUCCAAUUUUGUCUUUAUUUAUUUGUUAUCCAAACCACAAUUAUGUUUUGGGUAGAAAAGGUCCACUGCAUGAUUUGCAAGUUCGUCAAAAAGAGAUGUUGGAAAUUUUUCUUCAAAAUGGAGCAAACGUCUUAGAAAAUAACAAGAAUCGAGAAACAGUAUUUGAUCACGCUAUUAAUUCUAGCCUACCCAAUGAUGAAGAUUUUGUGAUUGGUUUGACCGAUGAAAUUGGAGCCGAAAUAGUUGAAAUGCUUUUAAAUCACAGUGGAGUCGAUGUAAACUUUAUGAAUAAAAACGGUCAUUCGUUGCUCCAGAUCGCGGUCUUCCGCUUAAAUUACGAUGUGGUGAAAAUGUUAUUAAAACGUGGAGCCGACGUAGGUACUGUUAAAUUUCUUACACAGGCAAAAAAUUGUAUCACUCGUAUAGAACAUGUGAUAAAUCUUUUUGGAAUAGCCGAACUUUUGGUAGCUAACGGAUACGUUAUGGAUCAAACCACGGAACUAAAUGUAAUAGAUUUUUUCAUUAGCCUUCCCACGGUUUCUAAUAUUGGAGAUUGUUUUAAUAAUAUCAAAAAAGACUGUACUAUAAAAAUUCGGAAUUAUUUUAUCGCAAUGCGCUCUACCAGUCUUUACACUAUUGAUUCUAAUCCUUGCAAGCAUUGGAGAACAAAAGUAAUACAGUUCAUUUUAGAGCAAUUUAAAAUUUUUGAAAUAGGUAAUUUGAAUAUGAAUGUUAAUUUAAGAAAUUAUCUUCAGUCGCACUUGCAAGAGUUGCAAAAAGUUACAGUAUUGGUUGAAUUGGAUGAUGAGAUAGAUACCAUAAUAAGAAAAGAAUACGAGAAUGCUAAAAAGACUAUUGUAGAUAAUCAAACAUCAUUUCUGGAUAUUUAUUUUAUGAGCGAUAAAAAAAUAUAUUCACUGGUUAAAAAUUCGAUUAGUCAUCGUGAUUUUGUAACGUGGCAAGAUUCAUUUCCAUAUUUUUCAGGAAUUGUAUUCGAAAAAAUUGUUCAAAGCAUUGUAAGAAACUUUAUCGAUACUGUAGCAUCGAAAUAUCUACCAUCGGGGUGGCAGUUGCCCAUUUUAUGCUGUGAUAACAUUGUAAAGAAUUUAAAAAACAGUGAUGUAUUGUGUGCUCUUAAGGCUGUCACAAGUGAUCUUUCAUAAAGAUUUAAAAAGUAUUUGUAAAGUAAUAUCAAUAAUCCUUGUAUUAUAAAUACAUUCGUUUAUUUUAUAAUUAGUCAAAUGUGUAACAAAGUUACUAUACUUGUAUUGCAGUAUAUCAAUGGUAAUGUUUUAUAAAAAAAUACAACUGAGA